AUGUCCUAUGAGCCACUGCUUUCUCCUGCAGAACGCGACAUGCCCACUGCAGAAGCCACCAAGGCGUUCGCCGAUGAUGACCUCGAGGUGGUCGAUGGCCGGCACGCUGUCGACACCCGGUCGUCCAACGACAUUCCCAAGGAUGAUCCCGCUGCGCCCUCUCCAAUCGUGUCUUCUAAACGGCAGCGCAUGUCUGACCUGUGGACGAUUCUAUGCGCAGGCUGUGCUCUCAUUAGCGAUGGCUACGCCAACAGCCUCAUGACUCUCAUCAAUGUCGCUCUACAAAAACAAUAUCCAAAAAGUUAUACUUCGUCAGUUCGAACACGCGUUUCCAAUGCGCUCCUUGUGGGAGAGAUUCUAGGGCAGAUCACCGUUGGCCUCACAUGCGACUACUUAGGACGCAAAGUUGCCAUCCUGCUUACAACAAGCAUGAUUAUUCUGGGCUUGGCCCUUUCGUCUGCUGCGCAUGGUACUAGCCCCGCCGGCCUCUUCUGGAUGCUCACUGUUGCGCGUGGUAUAACUGGCUUUGGUACUGGAGGCGAGUACCCGGCCUCCUCGACCAGCGCCUCCGAGUCCGCGAACGCAUAUACCCUUCGCCGCCGCGGAACCGUCUUCAUCCUUGUCACCAAUCUCCCACUGACCUUUGGAGUACCGCUAGCCUCCUCCAUCUUUCUCAUCGUUCUCUCCGCCGCAGGUAUUGACCACCCGGCAACCAUCUGGCGCGUGUGUUUCGCCGUGGGCAUCAUAUUCCCACUCUCGAUCUUCUACUGGCGCAUACGCAUGCUCAACUCGACGCUCUAUCGUCGCGGCGCCAUCCGAAAGGCCGUUCCCUACCUGCUCGUGGUGCGGUAUUACUGGAAGGCGCUGAUAGGCACGUGCGGCGCGUGGUUCCUGUACGACUUUGUGACGAUUCCGAAUGCAGUGUUCUCGGGCGGAAUUAUCUCGAGCAUCGUUCCCAAUGGCAGCGUACGUGGCACGGCUGAGUGGCAAUUACUGUUGGGCACAAUUGCGCUGCCGGGAGUCAUCAUUGGCGCCUUUGCUUGCGACUAUCUGAGCAGGAAGACUAUCAUGCUGAUCGGCUUUGGCGGAUACUUGGUCUUCGGGUUGGUGAUCGGGUGUGCGUAUACGCAGAUUUCGGGGAUUCUGCCACUAUUUGUAGUGCUAUACGGCGUCAUGCUUUCGAUGGGCAACUUCGGCCCUGGAAAUAUGGUUGGUCUUGUAAGUAGUGAGAGUUAUGCAACCGCUGUCAGAGGAACCUGUUACGGUAUUUCAGCUGCAAUGGGCAAAGCGGGCGCGGCAGUUGGCACGCAGGUCUUCCUACCGAUUGAGGAUAACCUGGGGGUGAGGUGGACGUUCAUCAUUGCGGCGAUAUGCGGUGUUGCCGGGAUGAUUGUGACAUUCUUUUUUGUGCCGAAUCUGACGGGCGAUGACCUAGCAAUCGAGGACGAGUCUUUCAGGGCAUACUUGGUGAGACACGGGUGGCAUGGGACGAUGGGGGAGGAGGACCUGAAAGACGUGGCGGACGCUGGUGUGAGUGAAUAUGCCUUUGAGGAAAGGGACAGAAACAGUGGUGAUGCUUCACACGUAACCGCGCUUAGGUAA